AUGAUGCGUUUGAUUUUCUUUUCCCAGCUCAUUUCUCAGCUGAUGGUCUUCAUGAUCAGUACAGUCAGUAUGGUGUUCUGUGGUCACAUGGGGAGAACUGAGCUUGCAGGAGUGUCACUAGCAGCUGCGGUGGUUAACGUCAGCGGUAUUUCUGUUGGCACUGGUUUAUCAGCAACUUGUGAUACCCUGAUAUCUCAGACGUAUGGGAGCGGUAACUUGAAGCGAGUGGGUGUGAUUCUCCAGAGGGGAGUUCUGAUUCUGCUGCUGGCCUGUUUCCCCUGCUGGGCCGUCCUCAUCAACACUGAGCCUCUCUUACUCGCAGUCAAACAGAGUCCGGAGGUCGCCAGCCUUUCCCAGCUCUACGUGAAGAUCUUCAUGCCCGCUCUGCCGGCUGCUUUCAUGUACCAGCUGCAGGGGAGGUAUCUUCAAAAUCAGGGAAUUAUAUGGCCUCAAGUUAUAACUGGAGCAAUCGGAAAUGUCUUUAAUGCAAUAAUCAACUACGUUCUCAUCCAUCAGCUGGAUUUGGGUGUUGCUGGAUCAGCAGCAGCCAAUGCCAUCUCCCAUUAUUUGCUGGCAGCAGUCUUAUUCAUUUACAUGUACAUGAGAGGUCUGCAUAAGGCUACAUGGGCAGGUUGGUCCCUCGACUGUCUCCAGGAGUGGGGACCCUUUGUCCAGCUGGCUGUCCCCAGCAUGCUCAUGCUCUGUCUUGAGUGGUGGAUGUUUGAAGUGGGAGGAUUCCUGGCCGGUGUGAUCAGUGAGGCCGAGUUGGGAGCUCAGUCAAUAACUUACGAGCUGUCCGUUCUAGCAUACAUGUUUCCACUAGGGUUUGCUAGUGCUGCCAGCGUACGGGUUGGGAAUGCACUUGGUGCAGGAAACAUCGAGCAGGCCAAGCUGUCAAGCAAAGUCCCCAUCAUCUGUGCAUUCAUAAUAUCGUGCUUUGUCAGCGCUAUUUUCUGUGCCUGUAAAAAUGUAAUUGGAUGCAUUUUCACCUCAGAGCUUGAUAUUUUGCAGAGGGUUUCUGACAUCAUGUUGGUGUUUGGUUUCUUGCAUCUUGGUGAUGCAAUUGCGUGCGUGACUGGAGGAGUUGUCAGAGGUGUAGGAAAGCAAUCGGUUGGUGCUCUGUGUAACCUGAUCGGGUACUACUUUAUUGGCUUACCCAUUGGCGUGUCCCUGAUGUUUGCAGCUGAAAUGGGGGUUGUAGGAUUUUGGACAGGCCUUACGGUUUGCGUGUUCGUGCAGUCGAUCUUUUUCAUCACGUUUUUGUGCAAACUCGAUUGGAAGAAGGCUGCUGAAGAGGCCGAAGUGCGAGCAGGAGUCCGCGUCAAAGAAGAAAAAGACACGAUCAAGAUGGAAAAUAGAGGUGAGUGG